CAUAAGCUUUCAUGUUUUUGACUCUCUUUCUCUCUCUCUCACACACACAUACAUAUUCAUAUCUGUCAAAUAAUUUCAUCCAAGUUUUGAAAUAUUUUGAUUCCUUCAACGUCUUUUCGAUAAGAUGCUGUGCAGAGGAAACAAUGCGAUUAAGUGUAGAAAAGCUGGAUCAGUUCCGGUUUACCUGAAUGUUUAUGAUCUUACCUCCAUGAACGGAUAUGCUUAUUGGCUUGGCCUCGGCGUUUAUCAUUCCGGGGUUCAAGUUCAUGGAGUUGAGUACGCUUUUGGAUCUCAUGAACAAGCGACGACUGGAAUCUUCGAGGGAGAACCGAGACAAUGCGAGGGAUUCACGUUCAGGAAGCAGAUACUGAUAGGAUGGACGGAAAUGAGUCUAAGAGAGGUCCGAGGAUUCAUGGAAGAACUAGCUCAAGACUACAAAGGAAUUUCAUAUAAUCUAAUCACCAGAAACUGCAAUCACUUCUGCAAUGAUGUUUGUCUCAGACUCACCGGAACUCCGAUUCCGAGUUGGAUUAAUCGUCUAGCUAGAAUCGGUUUAUUGUGCAAUUGUAUAGUUCCAGCGAGUAUAAACACGACUAGAGUUGGAAUCGAGGACAACAAGGUUUGUAAUGAAGCAGAGAAUAAGUCGAAGCUGAGAAGCCGUUCGAGUAGGUUCACUUCACCUUCGAGUUUCUCCGCAGUCUUCUAAAACGUCGACGUUUGCAUCAUCUCCGGUUAAUCGGACCAGAAGUCACCUCUCUCCGGCCCAUCCUCACUUCAGAUGUUUGAUUCUUCUUUUUCUUCAUUGACAAGCCGUCUCAGAGUGGUAAAUUGGUAAUUAUAUUUUGUUUGUUCCUUUUUUAUUUAUUUAUAUUACUUUUAUUUAGGCACUCUUCAGCCAUGGAGUUGAAAGAAGCUUUGGUUGUUUUAACAACUCAGAAUUUAUAUUCGGUUGGUCUUGGACACCUGGUUGAUUCUUAAGAUAAUUAUGAUAAUCUAGAGAAGUUGAUUUC